UUGGGGGGGGUGUGUGCUGGGGAAGGUCUCUGUUUCCUUCUCCUGGCUUCAGCAGCUCUCUGGGGUCAUGGUGAACCUUCUCACCUCUCACGGAAGAGCCCUGUAAACCCCCAGGGCUGAGCCAAAUCUGCUUGGCCCUGCUUUGGCCCCAGCAGUGAGUGCCCAUGGGACCUGAGCAGCAGGUCCUGCUGUUGGGAAUGCAGGAGGACAGUGGUGACAGGGCCAAGGAACAACCUGUGCUGAGAGACAGAGGGGCUUGGGGGCUGUGUGGGCUUGGCAAACCCCCUCACCUGGCAUGGCAGGCUCAGCCUGUGAGUGGACAAGCCCUGAGUGCUGGAGAGCUCCCAGCCCACCAGCUCAUGUGCUGACCUCUCCUCUCCCUCUGCAGGGCUCGAGGGAGACAAGAUGUCCAUCAUAAAAUUUGAAUUUAACCCCAAAGUUGGGAUCGACAACCCUGCCUUGACACUGACUGAGGACACGGACAGUGAGGGUGUGGGGGAGCCUCGUUUCUACCUCCUGACCAAGGAGAACACGGAGACCUUCGGCUUCUGCCUGCACGAGGAGCUGGUGUGCCCUGGCCACGUCAUCCGGCAGCUGGAGGUGGGAGGGGUGGCCCAGCGCAGGGGGCUGCAGGACGGGGACCGGCUGCUCCAGGUCAAUGGCCACUUCGUGGAUGACAUGGACCACCUCAGGGUGGUGCAGAAGAUCAAGGCCAGCGGGAACCAGGUCCUGCUGGCCGUGCUGGACGGUGACUCCUACGAAGCAGCCAAAUCCCUGGGCAGGGACCUGUCCCAGAUGCUGCCCGAUGACAUCCGGCCGCGCCUCUGCCACGUCACCAGGGACAAAAGCGGCUUUGGCUUCAGCGUGUCGUGUCCAGAAGGCACCAAGGGCACCUUCCAGCUGUCGGUGCUGCAGGAUGGGCCAGCGGACAGAGCAGGGGUGCCACCAGGCUCCUGGCUGCUGGAGCUGAAUGGGGACAGCGUGAAGAGCUACUCCCACACACAGCUCACCAAAAAGCUCAAGCAGAGUGGCAACAAGGUGACGCUGCUGGUGGCAUCCAGUGCUGUGGAGGAGUUCUAUCGCCUGCGGGGCCUGCGGGUCACGGCUGCCUUGGCUGACACCUCCAGGCUCCCCUUCAAGGUCCGGGAGCUGCACCUGGUGAAAGGUCCUGCUGGCUACGGGUUCCUGCUCAAGGAGGAUGACUGCAGCUCGGGGGGAGUAGGCCAGUUCCUGUGGGAUGUGGAUGUGGGGCUGCCAGCUGAGCAGGCAGGGAUGAAGGAAGGGGACCGUGUCCUGGCCGUGAACGGGGAGAGCAUCGAGGGGCUGGACCACGAGCAGACCGUGCACAGGAUCCGCGCCCGCCAGGACCAGGUGACGCUGCUCGUCAUCGACCCCGCUGCUGACGAGUUCUACCACUCGAUCGGGCUGUCCCCCCUGCAGUUCUUUGAGGACAGUGACCCCGCCUCAGGCUCCUGCACGCCCUCCCUGCCCUCCCGGAGUGGCUCCCCUGCACUCUGUGACUUGGAAGUGGGACCCAAGGGACCUAUGUCCUGGCUGAUGGCUGCUGCCAACAGUAUAGAGAUCGUACAGAGCCACCGCCAGGAGGAACAGACAAAGCUGUGCCAGGCAUUCUAACAGCCUAGGAGCCUCUGGAAGGCUCUCCCACACAGCACCUCCAUGUCCUGCCCCUCAGGGCUCAGCACUGCUCAGCAUGGACCCUGCACACGCAGCUCCUGUGUCUCCAUGCCUGGCUCACAGCAUGACACUCCCAGGGACUCGUCUCUGCUCACCGAGGCUGGCUCAGAGCUUUUACCAACCGCAGUGGCAGCUCCUUGUAACCUGACCACAGAUCUGUGUCUUUGCCCGCCCAGCUACCUCCAGGAAUUUCUCAGGACUUUGCACUGAAGCCCUUGCCCAGCUCCAGGCUCUGGGAGUUCCCAGGAGAGCUGAGGCACUGCCCUCUGCACCAUGACCCAGGAGACUUGAGGGUUGGCUCAGAUCUGCACGUGCAUGGACAUCUCUCCUGUGCUUCUCCUCUCAUGAUCUCCCUGAACCUGUGGGCAGUGAGUGUCCACCACCACCCUGUUCCUGCACCACCCUUUUGGGGUGUGAUUAAAGGACAAAUGCACACUGCUGUUUGUGUGGGUGAUGUCAUGGACAGCACUGCGACUUGGCAGCACAUCCCAGGGCCGGAUCCAUCCUCUCUUCCCAAGCCUGGAGUUGGGCAGUGGAUGUAGGAAGCUCUUCAGGUGUGCUGCUGAGAAGGUAGGGGCUGAGAACCAUCCUGAGAGCUCCUGGGCACUGUUACCACCAGGAAUUUGAGAGCCAACUCCCAUAGCAAACUCCAUGGAGAAAACAUCCCUUGUUCUCCAUGGCCAGGGCUGUUCCUGAGGGUUCCCCUCACAGGUGACACAUCAGGAGCAUC